UAUAUUUUUUUAUAAAUAUUAUUUGUUAUUUUUAAUAUUAUUUCAUAAAAUUUAUUUAAAUACUAAACUUGUAAAUAAUGUCUUCAACUACCACUAUAUCAAAUAAUAGAAAUUUGAAUAGCCACAAAAAAACAAAAUCUGUUAUAGAAAACGAAAAAUAUUAUAAUUCAGAUCAAGUUGUUGUUAUUAAUCCAAAAACAUAUGGACGUAAAUUUACAAUUUCAAAAGCAUAUUUAGAUCUUAAGGAUCCACCAGGAACAAAACCUUCGUUACAUAAAUAUAUUCAUAAAAAUAGAAUUUUAAUUUUCACCCUAAUUCUAUUAUAUAUCGCUCUUGAUGAAAGAAACCAUGGUAUCAAUAAAUUAGUGCAUCAUAUUUCGUUACUCUCUGUUAUUUUCAUUAAUCCAUUUGAAUUGCUAAAGGGUUUAAUAGCAAUGCAUUCAAUUUCAUUUUUAAUUCCAUUGGUUAACUUUUUAUAUCAUAAAAAAAAAGUUUCAAUUUUUAACAAAAAAGCAAAACUACUUUGCUGUUACGGAUUUAUUCAAAUGUUAGUUGGUCUAAGUGCAAUUUAUUUAAUUUUUAGUCAUAAAUAUCCAAUGGGAACAACCUUUUAUUUAGGUCUGGUUACAAUCGUUAUUGAAUGGAAAGCACACUCCUAUUUUAUUGUAACCAACUAUGAAUCAUUACACAGAAAAAACAUGACACCCGAAGAAAAAGAGGAAGAUGAUCAUUUAAAGAGAUCCCAAAUCCAGUAUCAAAUAGACUACACAACACUUUAUCAAUAUUUUUACGAUUAUUUUGUUUUCAUUUUUACACCAACUUUAAUUUAUGACCAAUAUUUUGAAGUUAAAAAAUUUUCCCAAACAGUCCCAAACGAAACAUUAACAACCAGAAUUUUCGAGUUUUUGAAAGAAUUGUACUCUUCGUUUGCUGUUAUGAUAACCAUUCAUUAUAUUCAUGUUGAAUAUAUUUUCCCACCUUUAGUAGAAAACCCAGAUUUUUAUGCAUAUUUAAAAAUCGUUAUCCCCGCAGAGAUUACAUUCCAUUUACAAUAUUACCUUUUGUAUCAUUGUGUUUUAUCUUUAUUAGCAGAUUUAACAAAUUUUAAAGAUCGUUUAUCAUUUUAUGAUAAUUAUUGGGACGCCGAAACCUCGAAACAAAUUUUAAGCCGUUGGUCGAAGCCAGUUCAUUCGUGGCUAUAUAGACAUAUUCUUUCAGAUUUAAGAUCAUUCUUUAAAUUUAGCAAUGUAUUGUGUGUAUUUGCAACUAUGGUUUUUAGUGGCUUUUUCCAUGAAAUUCUUGUUAUUUCAAUUACUAGAGAUGUAUGUGUACCUUGGGCUACUCUUAGUUUAAUUGGAUGUGGGGUUUUUAUUGUAUUGGAAGCUAAAUUUCAAAAUUUCUCAAAAAGUAAAAUAUAUCACACCAUAGUAAAAAUUUUCUUAUUUUUAGGCCAUGGUUUAUUUUAUUUUAGCUAUUAUUAUUUCUGUUUUAAAUCUUAUGAUGUAUAUGGAUUCAAUAAAUAAAAAUAAUAUUUCUUUUUUUCAUCAUUUUAUUUUUUUUUUUUAUUUUUUUUUUUAAAAUAACAAUAUUUCAAAUUUAUUAUAAUAAAAGUUUAAAAUGAUUUUAUUCUACC